AUGGAUGACCUGAAAGUUGUUCGAGUUUGGUUCACUGAUCCCGAGUUAUCUCCAGAGUCUGCCGUCUGGCACCACAAUUUGAACGAUGUCGUCAAACUCAUAGUGCCUCUCCCGUGCCAGUGUGGAAACAAAAAGCUAGCAGAGCUUGCUGUGGACAAGGAUGACCCAAUGGUCCUCGCUCAGAAACCAAGAGACUUAACCCUCAAAAGAGUCGAGGCCUGCAAGCAGCUACGUGACGCCUACCGGGAUCGUCUAGUGAAAAUGGACUUCGAUGACCAAGACCACACCCGGCUUGAACGACAACUCGAUGCCCAGAGCCGCACCUGGCUUGAACAACAACUCCGAUCAAUAGGCGAGGUCCUAGAUAAUCUUCAAAACAGCGUCCAGGUAUGUCCCUUCUCCUGCCUGUGCGCAGAGUACUGA